UGUAAAAAGCGGAAUUGAUGUUUUUUCGGAGGCAUUCGACCGUGAAGUGCAAGUUAAAGGUCGCUGUUACCGCACGCUUCUCAAACAGUUUCGCCCGAUGAACGGUCUCAUCUCUCAACAGUUCUAGCAAGGGGUAUCGAAAUGCGUCAAAAUGAAACCAUGUUUCUAUUUAUGCACAAAGGCUGGGGCUUGUGUGAAUAAUGUUGCAGAAUUAGAUAAAUUCCAACGUGGGUCGAGGCUCGCGGAUCAGUGUUGUGUGGUACUUACCAAAGUACAUUUACCCCACAGCACAUCUGCGCUCACUUCCAGUCAGUAGUGAACCUUCUUCUCUGGAACUGUCGGAACACUCCCUCUGCUAAAGAAUGAGGUGGAUUCUCGCGGUUUCUGGUUUGCUACUUGCUGCCGCUCUGUUGGUUGGCACUGCAGCUGCUGCCGACAAUCCGCGGAUCAUUAUCGUUGGUGCUGGAGUGGCCGGAGUAACUGCUGCCUCUAGCCUCUAUCGUGCUGGAUUAACAAACAUCACCGUCCUCGAAGCAUCGCAACGCAUCGGUGGCCGUAUCCGGACUGCUGCAUUUGGUGGCGCCGGACCAGUGGAGCUUGGAGCCCAGUGGUGCCACGGCGAAGGAGGUAACGUGGCGUACGAGAUGGCGUCCGUCUUUCCAGGACUCCUCAAGACCUCCAUGUUCACCGAGAACGAUUUUCUCGUACAAUCCAACGGUCAGCAGAUACCGGAAGAGAUCUCCGAUCGCCUGUGGGAGUUGGCCCAGUCGAUCGUGGAGUCAACGGAUCGCGACACGAACACCGGCACUUUGGGAGACUUCGUAACCACCCGGUUUCGGGCGAAGAUCCUUACGGAUCCUGACUACAGUGAUAUUGACCGACAGCUGGCGGAACAGUUUCUCGUCAGUUUCCACAACUCGGAACGGGGCCACUACGCGUAUGAUUCCUGGUACGAUGUGGCUGCCUCCACCGACGACGAUUAUGUGGAAACUGAGGGUGAACAAGCGCUCGCCUGGACUGGUGAACGAGGUUUCAGCUCUAUUCUGGAUAUCAUCACGGGAAGCUUCCCCGGGUCUACUAAGUCAUUGGUACCGAUCAACCAGCUGACCAAAUUCAACAAGGUGGUUAACAACAUCCGCUGGAAAGGUACUAGCGAUGGCUACGUAAAAGUAACGACCGAAGAUGGUUCGCUGUACAAUGCCGACCAUGUGAUCGUAACCGUUUCGUUGGGAGUCCUGAAGGCAACCUCGCGUACCAUGUUCACGCCGGCACUGCCGACUAUCAAUCAGAACGCUGUCGAUGGAAUCAACUUCGGUACGGUCAACAAAGUGUUCCUCUUCUUCGAUGCCCCUCUUCCGGCCGAUUUCGGUAAUGUCGUCAAUCUACUGUGGUUCGAUCGCGAUCUGCAGGCAUUGCGUCAAUCGAAGCAUGCUUGGGCGGAAGCAGUUGGCUUCUUCUAUCGAAUUGACGGUAAACCACAUGUCCUGUGUGCCUGGUUGAACGGUGCUCAGGGUCGCCAAGCGGAAUUGUUGUCCGAUGCUACCGUUCAGGAAGGCUUGCUCUAUCUGCUCAGACUCUUUGGACGUAACUACAAUUUUGGAAAUGUGCAAAGCAUCUUGAGGUCCAAGUGGUCCUCGGAUCGGUUUAUUCGAGGAUCCUAUUCCAGUCGCUCCAUCAUAACGGAGCGUCUUGAAACGGGUCCCAAUAAUCUGGCUCGACCGCUUCGGGAUGCUGCUAACGAGCCGCUGGUUAUGUUUGCUGGUGAAGCGGCCAGUGCGGCACACUACUCUACCGUACAUGGAGCGAUCGAGACGGGACAGCGAGAAGCAACUAGCCUGAUCAACCUGUAUAAAUGAUGAGAAGAUCCUAAAACAACGGAUAUUGAAAUAA